CCAGUGCUGCUUCAAGUUGUGCUGUCAUUAGAGAAUAUCACUUUAAAUGUAAACCUCAAUUUAAAAAUGAUUUAUUAUGGAAGUGACCUCAGUCUACGGAAACUCAAGAGGGCAGACACCUGAGAAGUCCUGGAGUCUCGCCCCCCACAGCUGCAGGAUUCCUCCUUGUGGCAUCUAAGCUUGUUCAGAUCUUGUCUUGAGGACAGCCAGCAUCUACUGGCUGAAGGACACAUUUGAAGGGAGAGACUCAUAUGUUAUACUGAAGAAGUAUAAAAAUUACAGCUUCGUAUUAAAGCCUCAUGUAGUAACAAGGGUUUGCCGUAAUGUUCUCUUCUUCUCUCAGCAUCUUUAUGGCCACAGGCUGACUGGUUAAAUGGCAUCUUUCUAUCUGGUCAUACUGUCUUUUGCACAAAAGACUUGAGACAUCUCACCAGGAUGUGAACACUGUAACAAAGGAGAAAUAUUUAAAAACCAAUUACAAAAUAAAAAGGAGGCCCAGGAAAGUGUAGGCAGAAUUGAGAAAUCUGAGGAGCAGGAAAGAGCAUAUGCAGAUAGGGAGGGUAUAGGCAUUGCACAAUUUUUAAAAUUGGGCCACGCACUGGACUCCGAGCUUCCUGGCAAGCAAAGCAGAAAGGACAAAGUUGUCCCGGAAAGGAAAUGUUCUCUUCUGGACAGGACUUCGGUUGGAAACAGUCUAUGUGGCUGGUUCCGUAUGGACAAUGAAUCGUUCUUCCCAGGACGCUGGCUCGCAGGGCAUUCUCGGAGACGGGAAGCUUUAUGCUGUGGAUUCCAUCAACGACUUACACAGACUGAACCUCUGUCCUGCCGGAUCUCAACGCCUGUUCCCCCUAGAGGAGAAAAUCCCAGCUGUUGACUCGCGCUCGGGACAUGGAAGCUACAGUCUGCUUUUUAUGGCGCUAAUCGUCGUGCUCAUUGUCAGUCUGCUCCUGGUUUCCUUCGUGAUAGUCCUCAUAGUUCAAACCGGAAACAAGAUGGACGAUGUGUCGAGAAGACUCACAGCUGAGGGAAAGGACAUGGAUGAUCUGAAGAAAAUCAACAGCAUGAUCGUAAAGCGACUCAACCAACUGGACUCGGCACAGAACUAGAGACGUGAUCGUCCCAGAGCACCUGCCAAGCCCUGAGCUGCUUGCUUUGCUGGGUGCCCGCUGGGCUGAGAACUGGCGCCAGCACUUCAGCAGGCAGCGGUUCUGUGCUCGGUGAACCCGCCCCGGGGCCAGCUCUCUGCUGCAGGGAUGGGGCCAGCUCCAAGGCAAGGGGUGUGGGGAUCGUGGCCCAAAGGGCUCACUUUGUGGUCGGGUCCUCCAGCUUUAAUGGGUGACAGGUGGGUGGCAUGCAGGAGAACCAACAGUAGGCACAGAAUUCGGCUCUAUACACGUAGCUUCCCUUACAAAAGGUUCUGUGUCACCAGAACAAGGUUGCUGUGCCAGUGAGCAUCAUGGCCCCGCAUACCUUUAUAAACUCCCGCAAAAGCCUACAGGAUGCAUCGCGUGACAGCAUUUGUGUUCAGGGGACCCGGAUGAUAGACUAUCUUUUCAAUAAAAGAGAUUUUGC